GAAAUAAACAUAAAGCCAUGGAAAUAUGUGCUAGAAGAUAUUAAAAAUGGGAACAAGAAGACAAAGUGGAAAGAAAGAGUGCCAUAUGCCUACUGGAAGGGUAACCCUUAUGUGACUCCAACAAGGAAAAACCUUAUGAAAUGCAAUCUCACAGAGAAAGAUGACUGGAACACUCGCCUAUACAUACAGGACUGGGAACAAGAAUCCCAUCAAGGGUUCAAGCAAUCCAACUUAGGGGACCAAUGCACACAUAGGUACAAAAUAUAUGUAGAAGGUUGGGCUUGGUCUGUGAGUGAAAAGUACAUUUUGGCAUGCGAUUCUACAAACUUAUAUGUUAGGUCUCGGUUCCAUGAUUUUUUUAUCCGAGGCAUGGUGCCAUUGGAACACUAUUGGCCCAUUAGAGACAAUAGCAAGUGCACUUCUCUUAAAUUUGCCGUGGAAUGGGGCAACAACCACACUGACAAGGCAGAAGCGAUAGGGGAGGCUGCAAGCAAAUUCAUUCAUGAGGACAUGGACAUGGACCAUGUGUAUGAUUACAUGUUUCACCUGCUAAAUGAAUAUGCAAAGCUUCUAAGGUUCAAACCAGUUAUACCUCCAAAAGCUGUGGAGUAUUGUCCUGAAACAAUGGCAUGUGCUUUAAAUGGUACAGAGAGAAGGUUCAUGGAAGAUUCAAUGGUGAAGUUUCCUAGUGAUUCAGAUCCAUGCACUAUUCCUCCUCCAUAUGAUGCCACAAGCCUACAACAAUUUCUAGACAGAAAAGCUAAUUCAAUAAGACAGGUAGAAACUUGGGAAGAUGAAUAUUGGGAGAGUAAAAAGAAGGUACAAUAGUAAACACAUUCUGCAGAUAGCAAGAUUUUGCUGUGUUUUCUUUUAUUUCUUGUCUUGUGACAAAUGAUAUCUUUACUGAGUCUAAAUUCUCUACUAAAUUUUCUGCUGCACUUUCAAAAUGCAUUGAUAUUAAUAUAUUAAAAAAGAUUUUAAUAUAUUUUAUAAUAUCAAAAUUAAUGUCUGUUAAUAUAUUUUAAAGUUACAGCAGAAAACAGAGAGAAUGGUUAGAAACUCAGCAAAGAAUUCAAAUAUACUUACCUCCAAAUACACAGAGUUGAUGUUGUCUCUUACCACAUUCAUAUUUAUUCUCAUUCUUCUUCUUUGAUUUUCUUCUGAAUAAAGCUUCAUGGUUAAUGUAAUUCUAAUUGCCUCCAGUUUGUAAUUGACUUGUUUGAUUUAAAGCACUAUAUGAAAUAACUUACUGUUCUUUUUU